AUUACCCAGAAUAUAAAUAUGACUGCUACAAUGGCGGAGUUUCAGAUUUGUCACAUUACUUCAAAGCGAAUUGCGUUGAUCUGUAGUGAUUACUCACUGCGGUUAAUUUUUACUGAGCUUUGUGAGCUUUGCUUUAGUGGAAUACAAAGCGCUGAAUUUUAUUUCUGUGUGAAGUGAACGACAGAAAGUAUGCCGAGUGGAAAAGCGCCAGCUAUUGGUAUUGACUUAGGUACCACAUAUUCAUGUGUCGGUGUUUUCCAGCAUGGGAGCGUAGAAAUCAUCGCUAAUGAUCAAGGAAAUCGUACAACGCCGAGUUAUGUAGCCUUUACUGAGACCGAGAGACUGAUUGGAGAUCCGGCAAAAUCGCAGGUUGCUUUGAAUCCCGAAAAUACUGUCUUCGACGCCAAAAGACUCAUCGGGAGGAAGUUUGAUGACCCCAAAAUCCAACAAGAUAUGAAGAACUGGCCUUUUAAGGUAGUAAGUGAAGGCGGCAAACCGAAGAUAUGUGUGGAAUUCAAGGGCGAGCAAAAACGCUUUAAUCCUGAGGAAAUAAGUGCAAUGGUAUUGACUAAAAUGAAAGAAACUGCUGAGAUGUACUUAGGACUUAAAGUAACAGAUGCUGUAAUCACAGUUCCUGCAUAUUUUAAUGACUCACAAAGACAAGCAACAAAGGAUGCAGGUAAAAUUGCUGGACUAAAUGUAUUAAGAAUCAUCAAUGAACCAACUGCAGCAGCCCUGGCAUAUGGUCUGGACAAGAACCUGCGAGGUGAAAAGAAUGUACUGAUUUUUGAUUUGGGUGGUGGCACAUUUGAUGUGUCAAUCCUAACCAUUGAUGAAGGAUCCUUGUUUGAAGUAAGAUCUACAGCUGGCGAUACUCACCUAGGAGGAGAAGAUUUUGAUAACAGAAUGGUGGCUCAUUUCAUCGAAGAAUUUAAACGCAAACAUCGUAAAGACCUACGUUCCAGUCCAAGAGCACUCAGGAGGCUUCGGACUGCAUGUGAAAGAGCCAAGAGGACUCUCUCCAGUAGCACAGAGGCCAGUAUUGAAAUAGAUGCUCUCUUUGAAGGCAUAGACUUUUAUUCAAAGAUAACUAGAGCGAGAUUUGAGGAGUUAUGCAUGGAUCUGUUCCGAUCUACUCUUGAACCAGUUGAGCGAGCCCUGAAAGAUGCAAAAUUGGACAAAAGCAGCAUCCAUGAUGUCGUUCUGGUUGGUGGUUCAACACGUAUUCCCAAAAUACAGAAGUUGCUGAAAGACUUUUUCCACGGAAAAGAACUGUGCAUGUCUAUCAAUCCUGAUGAAGCUGUAGCCUAUGGAGCAGCAGUUCAAGCUGCUGUUCUUACUGGAAGCACAGAUGAGAAGAUCAGAGAUGUACUAUUAGUGGAUGUAGCUCCUUUGUCAUUAGGUAUUGAAACAGCAGGUGGUGUUAUGACCAAAAUCAUUGAGAGAAAUUCACGCAUUCCAUGCAAGACAUCACAAGUAUUUUCAACUUAUUCGGAUAACCAGCCUGGUGUGGACAUUCAAGUUUAUGAAGGGGAAAGAGCAAUGACCAAAGACAACCACUUGCUUGGAAGGUUCGAGUUAAUGGGAAUACCUCCUGCUCCCAGAGGGGUUCCGCAGAUUGAAGUGACAUUUGAUCUGGAUGCCAAUGGAAUCUUAAAAGUAUCUGCAGUAGAUAAAAGCUCCGGGAAAUCGCAGAGCAUCCGUAUUACAAAUGAUAAAGGUCGUCUGACCAAAGAAGAAAUAGAGAGAAUGCUGCAAGAGGCCAAACAAUAUGAGAAAGAGGAUGCAGAACAACGAGAAAGAGUAGCAUCACGUAAUGCACUUGAAAGUUAUGUGUAUAGUGUGAAACAAGCAGCAGACUCUGCAUCAGAUGACAAACUUUCUUCAGCAGACAAAGCCAAGGUUAAGCAGACAUGCGAUUCCGUAAUUCAAUGGUUGGACAAUAAUACACUUGCUGAGAAAGAUGAAAUAGAGCAUAAAAUGAGAGAAGUCCAAUCUGAGUUAUCUCCUCUCAUGACAAAACUGCAUCAGGGAUCUGGUGUUAAUGCCAACCAAGGACCAAAUGCAACUGCUAGUACGGGACCAACGAUUGAAGAAGUUGAUUAACGUAGGACUUAAUUGUAAGACAUCAUUAUUUAUUAUUGUAAAUACAUGUUAUCAAGCAUAUGUUAAUUUGCAUCAUGAACUAAUAUUGUAUAGAUGUAAAUUGUACAUAUUUUCUUUAAGAACAGAAUAAAGUAAGUUAUUUUUA